AAUCAUUUCCCACGGAAAACAAAGGUGCACAGAAUGGUCUGUGGCACCAUUUUAUAAAGUAAGGGGCCACAGGGAACAACCCCGAGGCCCGAGAGAGUGGAAAGGCUGGCAACCCUGAGCAUGCCCCCCCGCCCCAUGGGAAUUAGGAGCCACUGAGGUGGUGAACUCACUGUGGCGCAGUGUGGAAAUUGAGUGAGUCACUGUGGUGCCCCACAGGUCACAUGCUGGCCUCCUGACCUGCUGUGCAGUGCUACUAGGAGGUGGGCCUUCAGGGGCCGGUGAGGUCAUGAGGGUAGAGAACACACACAUGGGACUAGUGCCCUUAUAAAAGAGACCCCCCACCCCAAAACUCCUUCACCCCUCCCAUGCAAGGCCCUAGCAAGAAGGUGCCAUCUGUGAACUAUAAACGGGGCCUUUGCCAGACAUCAUCUGCUGGCACCUUGAUCUUGGACUCCCAGUCUCCAGAACUGGGAGUAAUAAAUUCUGUUGUAAGGCGCCCGGUGUGUGGCAUCUAUCAUAGCCCCCCCGACAGACUGAGACACUCACUUAUCAGCAAAAAGCAUCUGUACCAAGAUGUCCGUACGCUGACUGUACUCUCCAGAAGGCAGGUGUUUGUGGUGACAAUUGUUGGCAUGCUGAGUCCUGCACGUUCUUUUUGUCCAGGCCAGUGUCUUUCAAAUGGAGCCCUUAGAUUUUCUAGAGCUCCAGCAAGAGAAGGCCUGAGCUGAGGGGGACAUUAGUGGGACUCAGGACUGUGCCUGUCCCUGUGUCUCCCAUUUCUGCUGUCGGAAGUCACUGCGCUUGGUAGAUGCUGCAGUCUCUGCUCUGGGGCUGUUUGGAGAGCUGGGAGGCAGACUGCUGCUCCCUGGCCCUGUCCUGUCUUUGCGGCGGUUCUGUUGCUCCUGGCCUGGAUUUUACAGACCCAUGAGGAGAGAGAUGGAAAUCCCAUUUGAGGAAGUCCUGGAGAAGGCCAAGGCUGGGGACCCUAAGGCACAGACAGAGGUGGGAAAACACUACCUGCGAUUGGCCAGUGAUGGGGACGAAGAGCUUAACAACUGCACAGCCGUGGACUGGCUGAUCCUGGCCGCCAAACAGGGCCGGAGGGAGGCGGUGAAGCUGCUGCGCCGGUGCCUGGCCGACAGGAAAGGCAUCACUUCCGAAAAUGAGCCAGAGGUGAAGCAGCUUUCCUCCGAGACUGACCUGGAGAGGGCUGUGCGCAAAGCUGCGCUGGUCAUGUAUUGGAAGCUCAACCCCAAGAAGAAGAAGCAGGUGGCUGUGUCGGAGCUACUGGAGAAUGUGGGCCAGGUCAACGAGCAUGAUGGAGGAGCGCAGCCAGGCCCUGUCCCCAAGUCCUUGCAGAAGCAGAGGCGAAUGCUCGAGCGCUUGGUCAGCAGUGAGUCCAAGAACUACAUCGCCUUGGACGACUUCGUGGAGAUCACCAAGAAGUACGCCAAGGGCAUCAUCCCCAGCAACCUCUUCCUCCAGGAUGAUGACGACGACGAGCUGGCUGGGAAGAGCCCCGAGGACCUGCCACUGCGCCAGAAGGUGAUGAAGUACCCCUUACACGCCAUCAUGGAGGUCAAAGAGUACCUGAUCGACGUGGCCUCCAAGGCAGGCAUGCACUGGCUGUCCACCAUUGUGCCCACUCACCACAUCAAUGCCCUCAUCUUCUUCUUCAUCAUCAGCAACCUGACCAUCGACUUCUUUGCCUUCUUCAUCCCCCUGGUCAUCUUCUACCUGUCCUUUGUGUCCAUGGUCAUCUGCACCCUCAAGGUGUUCCAGGACAGCAAGGCCUGGGACAAUUUCCGCACCCUCACUGACCUGCUGCUGCGCUUCGAGCCCAACCUGGACGUGGAGCAGGCCGAGGUCAACUUCGGCUGGAACCACCUGGAGCCCUAUGCCCACUUCCUGCUCUCUGUUGUUUUUGUCAUCUUCUCCUUCCCACUGGCCAGCAAGGACUGUAUCCCCUGCUCGGAGCUGGCCGUCAUUGCCGCCUUCUUCACCGUGACCAGCUACAUGAGCUUGAGCAGCUCGGCCAAGCCCUACACCAGGAGGGCCCUGGUCACUGAGGCGGCUGCUGGGCUGCUCUCCCUUCUGCCCACCAUGCCCGUGGACGGGCGCUACCUUAAGGUACUUGGGCAGACCUUCUUGACUGUGCCUGUCGGCCACUUUGUUGUCCUGAACGUCAGCCUGCCCUGCCUGCUCUACGUCUACCUCUUCUACCUCUUCUUCCGCAUGGCCCAGCUGAGGAACUUCAAGGGCACCUACUGCUACUUGGUGCCCUACUUGGUCUGCUUCAUGUGGUGUGAGCUCUCUGUGGCCAUCCUGCUGGAGUCCACUGGCCUGGGCCUGGUCCGCGCCUCCAUUGGUUACUUCCUCUUCCUCUUUGCUCUCCCCAUCCUGGUGGCCGGCCUGGCCCUCAUGGGCGUGGUGCAGUUUGCCCGGUGGUUUGUGUCCCUGGAGCUCACCAAGAUCUUGGUCACCAUGGCAGUCUGCAGCGUGCCCCUGCUGUUCCGCUGGUGGACCAAGGCCAGCUUCUCUGUGGUGGAGAUGGUCAAGUCCCUGACGCGGAGCUCCAUGGUCAAGCUCAUCCUGGUGUGGCUCUCGGCCAUCGUGCUCUUCUGCUGGUUCUACGUGUACCGCUCGGAGGGCAUGAAGGUCUACAACUCCACGCUGACCUGGCAGCAGUACGGCUUCCUGUGCGGGCCCCGGGCCUGGAAGGAGACCAACAUGGCACGCACCCAGAUCCUGUGCAGCCACCUGGAGGGCCACAGGGUCACGUGGACAGGCCGCUUCAAGUACGUCCGGGUGACGGAGAUCGACAACAGCGCCGAGUCGGCCAUCAACAUGUUCCCGUACUUCAUUGGCGACUGGAUGCGCUGCCUCUACGGCGAGGCCUACCCGUCCUGCAGCCCCGGCAACACCUCCACGGCCGAGGAGGAGCUCUGCCGCCUCAAGCACCUGGCCAAGCACCCCUGCCACAUCAAGAAGUUCGACCGGUACAAGUUCGAGAUCACGGUGGGCAUGCCGUUCAGCAGCAGCACCAACAGCACCCGCGGCCACGAGGAGGACGACAUCACCAAGGACAUCGUGCUGCGGGCCAGCAGCGAGUUCAAGAGCGUGCUGCUCAACCUGCGCCAGGGCAGCCUCAUCGAGUUCAGCACCAUCCUCGAGGGCCGCCUGGGCAGCAAGUGGCCCGUCUUCGAGCUCAAGGCCAUCAGCUGCCUCAACUGCAUGGCCCAGCUCUCGCCGGCCAGGCGGCAUGUGAAGAUCGAGCACGACUGGCGCAGCACCGUGCACGGCGCCCUGAAGUUCGCCUUCGAUUUCUUCUUCUUCCCGUUCCUGUCGGCCGCAUGAGCAGCCGCCGCCGCAGAGGCACCAGUGCAUGUUGCUGUGAGGCCUCCCGAGCACUGCCCAGCCAGAUGGCGCAGCCCCGUGCCGCGUGUGCGUGUGCUCCCGUGUGCCGAGUGUGCAGACCCAGGGCUUCGAGGACCUUUGGCUCGUGUGUAGACUGCCCAGGGGUGAGGGUGGCUGCUCCCUAGCUCUGCCCAUCUUGGAGGCCAAGCACUGCUGGAAUCGCAUGCAGUUUUUGCCCACGUCCUGGCCUUUCCCAGUGAAGCUGGGGUGCCAGGCUAGACCAGAAAGGCCCCGUGUCUCACGAAGCACUUUACAGGUGGUAUUCUCCCCCUCCCCCACGUCCGUGUACCCUGUUGGCCCUGGCUUACUUUUGUGUUGGGUUUGUUUUUUAAAGAACCAUUGCGUGUUUGUGUACUCCAUGAUAGCAUUUCUUAUUUAUUUGGUUAUUGCUAAGCCCUGAUGGCUGUUCGCCUCUCUGGGGCUGCACCGCUGCCUGCAUCCCAGCAUGUGAUCAAGGCAUGGCUGAGAGCUGGGCGAGGCAGCCAUAGGCAGGGCGUGCCACACUGGGCUCUGGGCACCACACCCUGCCUCGUGGCUUUACUGUCCAGCAGGUCGUGGAUAUGUUUGUGCCGGAUUGCCUGAAUCUACCAGGACUUGGAAAGCAAGGAGCACCCUGGGCAUCCCCACUGCUCAGGAAGGUUGGCCGUGUUCAGUACUGUAGAGCAGCUCAGAGUCCUCCCACAGCCGAAAUAAAGAGCUUUGGUGAAAUCUGUA